GGGAGGGGGGUUGUUUGGUCAAGUGCUUUAUGAUAUCUCUUGUAUCAUGAAGCAGGUGCCCCUUAGUGUAAGCAUAUAGCUAAAGCAUCGGCUCUCCUAAAUGAAAAACUUAGUCUGGCAUGAAGUUUGUGGAAAAGCAAUAAGCAGCUGUAUGGUUUUGUCUAAUUUGUGGCUGUAGUUGGAGGGGUUUUUAUGGAGAUAAGGGGGUAAGGUUAGAAGCUCGGAACCUGUCGGCAAUGAUUGACAGAUUUUCAGGUAGUGGUUCCUCAUUAUCUGCUUCCUUGUCUCAGGGGUCUUGUGGCAGGUGUUUCAAAGUCUUCCAUCUUGAUCACGUGUGUCAAGUGUCCUCAAGGAAUAGAACAUUCUUGGACUGUCGAAUCUUGGCUUCAUGGAAUUUUAGUUUGGUAGAAUUGGAUGAUAAAUUUACAAUCUAGUAGAUGAAGUGACUGCUAGAAGACUAACGGAGAAUUGGAUGAUAAAUUAAUACAAUCCAGUGGAUAAAGUGACUGCAAGAAGAUUUAGGGAGAAUAGGAUUAUGAAUUUAUAAUCCAGUGGAUGGAGUGACUGUUAGAGGAUCAAUUUAGAGUGCACUUGUAAAGCUGUAAAUCGUUGACUAUUGUGCUUUCAGGAACAUUGCUCUUACAAUUUGAAGAAGCCACAGUGAUAUCUUAUUACAGUUGAUUACAUGAAAAUCUAUGUCUAACCUAUCUGAUUUUGCAGAAUGUAGAUAUACUGAAACUGAGAAAAAAAAAGAUAAAGAGAUCUUGUCUACAUGCAUUUUUAGAGGUGCCCUUUCUCAUUUCUAAUGGAUUAAUCAACUGACAAGGAUUGUACAGAUUUUAGUGCUUUUCCAAAAAAAAUUUAGUUGCAUUUCAAAAAAUUUUUUUAAAAAAUAUUGAGAAAACCGUUUGCCGUUGGGACUUCAUAGGAUUCUUCUCUACAGAAACAAGAUCCCUUGCUGUGUAUAACUAGCAUGCUUUGAUGUGAAGUUGGACAAUGUCAUGGGAACCCAGACCAUUGAGGAAUAUGCAGCAUUUGAGAUCUAUCUUCAGCAGGCACAGGAGGAGAUUGGACUAUGCCUCAGUGGGGCCACCACACCCGUGACCCCUACUGCAGGAGACAACUACUUCCUGCUCAGUAACCAUGACAACGGCAGUGAUGAUCAAAUGACCUCUGACCUAAGCGAUGGGGAUCCCACCCCAGUCAACAGUCCCUGCCAGGAUGAGGGACAGAGUAAAGGACUCUACCAUCAGAAGUUUAACGAAUUUGAGCUUCAAACCUCGGUCUGUGAAAGCGAUGAUAGGAACAGUUUCAUUUCCAACAAGGAUAUAGUGGAGAGUGCCCCUACUACUCCCCAUUUUCUGCCGUCAGUGGACAAAAGUGAACACAUCAUUCAGGAGACACUGAAAGAGCACAGGGCUUUACAUCGGUCCAAUACCUCCCCCAGUCUUCCUCAGCCCUACCGCAAGGUACAGCGGAGUCUUAGUGUCAAUGAUCAGUACCCAGAGGAAAAUUCCAGCUUUUAUAUUGGGAGGGAAAAUGACAGUGAAACUGAUGUGAAUGAAAAUUCAAAACUGAAUCCAAGUCUGAAUAGAGAGUUGCUUAGUAAGAAAACACCCAGUCCUCGUCAUAGAAGGAGCUUAUCCACAACUGCAGUUCAGACUUCUUUUGAUGAAAACAGUAACCCGUUUGAUGAAUUCCAAGUGAUUAAUAAACAUGUGUCCCAGGGAACCAACACUACAGAUUCAUUAGAGAGGCCACGGAAACGGAACAAAAGUAGUAGCGAUGUGAAGAGACUGGCUCCCAUCAAAAAACCCACAGACUUUCCUCAGGCUUUAGUAAGAGGUAAUAGGAUGGGGGCAUUCUUCCACGAUCAGUCUCCGGAAAUGCAGGUGAUGGUGGCCUCCACGAGUCCUGUUUUGUUCAGAAGAAAACCAUCGGCUAAAGGGAGGAAUCGCCCAAGGCUGCCAGCCAAUGAGAUUUACUGUAACAAUGCACAGAACAUGAUUAAUAACAUGGACACAUUGGAAAUGGAGUUGGAGUUGAGGAGACAGGAAGAGUUUUUCCUGAAGAAGGAUGUUUCACAGACAUGGCAUGGAUCCACUGCCAACAAGUGGAAAAAACUGUAUGCCCCAGUCGCAGAGCAACUUGCCAAUCACCAUCACAUUGAAAACGGCUUCCAAACACUUCCAUCAAAGACAUCCCUGUUGGAUGAGAUGCACAAGAAGUAUUGUGCUUAUCAAUACCAGAAUAAAACUGUAAGAAACAUUGUAAUGAUCGGGACACUUCCUCCCAAAUUCCAGUCCAGUCCCCCUCCCCCCGAUAGAAUGAAGUCGCGUUCCUGGCUCCUCCAACAUUAUACCAUCCCUCUUCCUACAUCCUCAACCUCCUCACCAGACAGUCCCAAGGUGAAUAAAAGAAUGAAAGAGGAUAAAAAUGUUAGAGGAAAGAAAUCGAGUUUAAUAGCUAAUGAGAACAUUGAGAGUAGUGAGAGUGAUAAACCGGUCUCCAGUCUGAGCGAAGAGGAGAAAGAAGUCCCCAUGGAGAACCAGGAACUGGCCUCACAGGAGGAGACGGCUGUAGAAAUGAGGAAAAAAGCACCUGCAAUGAAUAUACAGAGGACCAAGUCCGAGGAAGAAAUCGAGGCUGUUGAAGCAUGCAGGUGGUUGAAAGAGGCUGGAUUUCCUCAGUAUGCGCAGAUGUAUGAUGAUUGCCAGUUUCCUAUUGACAUCACUAGUGUAGAAAAAGACCAUGAUUUCUUGGACAGGGAUUCUAUGCAGCCAUUGGUCAGGCGACUCAGCACCCUUAAUAAAUGUGCUGUCAUGAGAAUCGGAACCCCAGCCAAAAAACUGGGAGAUGAAUCUGAUGAUGAAGAUCAAUGCGCUCUGAGCGACAAAUGGAAAUAUCAACACAACAUCCGGCGGUGGUCUCGUAAGGACCUAGGCAGCCCUUCCUCAGACGGACAGCCCUUGUCGCCGACAGUCAAAUCGAGCUCAAGCAACGACAGUCUGCUGACCGAUCAGAAUUCUAGCAGUGAAACAGGAGAUAGCCCUGUGCUAGACUCAAAGAUGCAUCACGAAAAAGGCGUGGCUAGUGACGAUUACUUCGGAGCCAAAACCUCUAUUCCUCAGGAUCAUCUAAAUCCUUCCACCAUAGCCCUGAGUCCUAGACUCCGCAGGGCUGCCAGUGAAAGGAUCAAAGGAGCAAAGAACUUUUUGAAGAGACUGGAGAGUUUUAAAAGCCAGAAAACGCGAAGGAUUCCGAGAAAUAAUGGCAAUGUGGAAAUCAGUGGACCUGUGAUAAUGGACACAGACGGAAUGCAAGCAAAGAUUAAGCAUUUGAACUGUAAGGAGUUGAGUCCUUCAAGUGAGUAUCCUCCAUCGCUGCCAACAGCAGAAGUGGCGGAAGACAACAAAAGUGUUCCAACAGCAGAACCGUGGUCAGACAGUGCUACAAAUUACGCCAGUGAACCGAGUGUUCCUCAGAAGUCAUUGGUCUCUGUUCAGGAGAUCACCGAUUCCAAUAGUGCUCUGAACUCUGCCUUGAAGGCUCUGGAGGAGACAAGUCAGUCCUCCCUCUCCUCCUCAAUUCAUUCCUCAGUGAAAGCCCCCUCCAACUCCCCACUCUCAGGUCACACACAUCUCAGAAAACCCAAUCUAGCAUGGAAAAAUACUAGUAACUCUGAACUCUUUCCUGCCGACAAUUCUCCGUCAGUAUCUUUCAAGCUUCCAGAUGACCACAAGCCGGGCACAUUUCCCAAAGUGUUGUCCACUGGGUACAUGGAAGUGGAGGGAGGGCAUGGAGUUAACGCCAGGACCGGCAGUUUUAGUUUGGGUAGUGAUAGGAAGGAUGAUGCAGCCAUUAGCGCUGCCUCGGUCAAAAGGCGCGGAUCUGCGGGUCCAAGGCUGGAUUCCAACAGAAUGAGUGUGUAUGACAAUGUGGAGCCAGAGGAGGACUUGGAAAGUGCCCAACACGAACUGGACAUGAUUCUCAGCAAAGUGUUUGAGGACAUUAAUGUGCUCAACAAAGCCAUCUAUGGAGAAGAUGCAGAAAUAGUCGAGCCCCCUUCCUCUUCUCUCAAUUCAACAGUAAACAAGUCUGACGACGAUGAAAGCCAUCUGUCCGAUCUGAAGAACCUGAGUGCUCUCGAGACCGAUGACAGUCUCAACGGGAAUGAUGACCAGGAUGUCACGAGUCGAACCAACUCAUCGCCCGAUACCAGCGACCAUGACAUCACCACGGGCGAACUGUCACAUGACGACUCCACGGAGAACAUCGAGGGGCGGGAGAGACGAGACUCCGGUGUUGGAUCCUCCCUCACUCGUGCUCCCAGUGACAGACGGCGACAGAGAAUCCGCUGGCAUAGCUUCCAGAAAUCUCAUAGGCCCAGUGUGAGUGGACGUAAUACUCACAUCAGUAGUCUGUCAGUGUGUCAACUCAUGGUGCUACAAAAACUCUCCCUGUGUCGCUUGACUGGCCUUAUAGAAAAAUACUCACCCAACCGCUCCGGAUGGAACUGGAGCAUGCCCGGAUUCAUGAAGCGCCACAAGACUCCAAACUACAAUGACCGCAAUGUGUUUGGUGUCCCCCUCCUGGUCACCCUACAGAGGACUGGACAGCCCCUGCCCCAGUGCAUGCUGAGUGCCAUGCGAUAUCUCAGGAAAACGGCCAAAGAUGCUGUAGGAAUAUUUAGGAAGUCUGGAGUAAGGACCAGAAUCCAGAAACUGAAGAAUGAAGUAGAGGCUAAUCCAGAGUUAGUGAACUUCCAAGAACUUCAGGCUUAUGAUGUGGCAGAUUUGUUGAAGCAAUACUUUCGUGAACUACCAGAGUGCUUGUUGACAAACAAGCUCUCAGAAGUCUUCAUCAAUAUCUUCAUCUACUUGCCCAGUGAGCAGCGUCUGGAGGCCCUACAGUCCGCGGUGGUCCUCCUCCCAGACGAGAACCGCGAAGUGCUCCAGUCCCUCCUCUUCUUCCUCUACGAUAUUUCGACGCAGGCGGACGAUCACCAGAUGACCGCCAGUAAUCUGGCCGUCUGCUUCGCCCCUUCGCUGUUCAACAUGAGUGGGACGAAGAGCGUGACUCAGAGCCCGAGUCCACGAAGGCCGAGGAAGAACCUGGGUGUACCGGACGCCCGAGAACUUCAGGAACAGAAGGCUGCUCAUGAGUGCCUGACUACUUUGGUUCAGGAAUGCAAGAAACUCUUCAAUAUUCCUACAACAAUGAUGAGCAAGUGUAGAUUUUCCUACAUUGAGCAAGGAGACCCUGUUCCGUUGGAGGAAUUCAACAGGCGAUCCUCGGAAGACGACCAGCUGGCGUACCACAACUUUGUGGACACUGCCAUCCAGGGACUUUUGAAGGAGUCCAGAGACAAGUUCAAGGGAUGGGUCUCGGUCAGCUCUGUCCCCACGGACGUUGAUCUGUCCUACAAGAAGGUGACGGACGGCCAUCUACUGCGAUUGUGGAGGUGCUCUACGGAAGUGGAUGGUCCACCCUUUGCAGCAUUAGAAUGUGUCAAAGAUGAGAGGCAUGUCUGGGAUGAGGAUCUGGUUAAGUGGAGGUCCAUAGAGAAACUGGAUUCUCAGACAGAGGUGUUCCAGUACACUCAGAGCUCCAUGGCUCCCCAUCCUGCAAGGGACUUCUGUGUUCUCAGAUCCUGGAGGAAAGACCUUCCCAAAGGCACAUGUGCUCUGGUGUCCACCUCAAUCGAGCACCCUGAGGCUGAGCUGAACGGGGCCAUACAAGGGGUGGUUCUGGCCUCUCACUACCUUAUUGAACCCUGUGGAUCGGGGAAAUCUAGGGUUACUCACAUCAGUCGCAUUGACAUGAGGGGAAGAACACCUGAGUGGUACAAGAAAGUUUACAGUUACAACUGCGUUAACCAGAUGGAGAGAAUCCGUGACUCGCUGAAACAGAGCACUGAUGGGCCAGAGUCUGUAGUGUGAACCUGUGUAGUACUACUACUGAUGACAAGAACUCUUCCAUCAAAGUGAAGAAAACUGGUAUUGUUGGGGAGGUAGCAGAGGGAAGCUCUUCAAUAUUGGUGCACGUGUACCUAACUCCACUGGUUUUGCAGAAAGCUGUACCUGCGCCAACGUCUACAAACCAUUUGUCUACGUCAGAACUGCUGUUCUGCAGACAUUGAAUCCUCACAGGCUGGUCUGUGAGAGAGGAGAUUGAGAGAGACUGGGUGUAGUUCAAUAGUUAGUCUACAACUGACAGAUGUGGCAAGUCCUGUGUCUACACAGCUUACUACAUGACAAUCUAGUGCUGUAUCAUAGAACAUUCCGUAGAAGAAUAUAGAGGAGGGCAAAAUGUGUUCAUUUUUAGCAUUACUGUUGAAUUGUGUUGAAGGGGACCUAUAGUUCAGUGUAGAGUAGCGGACAAACAAGAUGGUGGGUAGUCCCCACUGUUGCCAUAGUGAAGGCAGCAUUAUGUCUGUUGGUAACCAUAGGAACCAUGCUAGUCAUGUGACCUGAUAUUAUUCCCUGGGAGUAGAGAACCUGCAAUAUUACAAAAUGCAUUUAUCAAUAUUUGUUGUCCUGUGCCAUGUUCUUAUCUCAUAAUGUGUUAUCUGUUGUAAAUAAACUGUAUGUCCACUCUCUCAGAAUGUAAAUUAUAUCAGAAGUCAUUGAAAUAUGUUUUAUGGCAUGUCAUUAACAAAUAUAUGGUACCCAUGCAAGUGAGUGUCGAGUGUGUUUGAAUGAGAAUGUUUGACCGAUGUGAAAUGAGCAAAAGUGAUUGUGUAUAUGUCUGACAAUAUGAGAGAGAGAGAGAGAUGACUCCAUUAAAUGCCUGCUGAUGUCUUCAGUGGCCAGCCUCCUGCUAAAAUAAUCAAACCAAAUCAUACCUCAUGUUAGUCCAUGCUGUGGUGAGGCUAUUUAACCAGUAUAUCAAUGCUCCCAAGUCAGGUCUAAUAGACCGCAUACAUCAUACACAUAUAUCUAGAAAUGGCUGUAUUACAGAUGAAUAUUGAAUGUGGUUGUGAUACAUAUAUAUGUCUUGUAAAGAUUGUUAUGAAAACAAAAUAUUCACUUGAUUGAUAUUAUUUCCAAGGGAGAUAACUCUGAGGAACAAUCACUAUGUUAUGGAGUACAUAGAGAAAUCCUGGUUUUAAUGGAAGACUUACAAUACUAGACAUAGUCAUUGAAAUAAAAUUGUAAUCCAGUGGUGUCUGUAAUCUAGGUCAGCCUUUUUUUUCAAAUUCUUAACAUAUUCACACGUGCUAAUGCAGGAAACUUAUGUAUUCCUACGCCAGUGUUAACAAUAUGUCUUACCUGAUAUUGUCAUCUUCUAUACCUCAAAGUCAACUAUAUUUCUCAUGAUUCCAUUGUACAUGUAUGUGUAUCUUGUUAUUAUAUUUGUUAUUAUUACAAUGAAAUAUUUCAUGAAUAUUAAUAAAACCAAAAAUUAAAA